ACACAGCUGCUGUUCCUCAUCCGGUCCGCCGGCGGCGAUACUCGUUUCCGGUGACGCGGAGUGUCUGCGUCACGCCCCUCUCGUGGACAAAAUGGAGGAAAGCUGCCCGUUUGUUUGUUUGUUUGAGUGCAUUAGACAUUAAUAAUCAUUGAACGGUUUGCUAACGCAAAUAAGAGCGUGAAUGUAACGCAGACUUUGCGCUGUGUGGAGUGUGCCCGCGUUGAAGGAUGGACGAGGGAGGUUCCAGCGCUGCGGCGGUUACCAAGUCCUGGGGCUUCCGCAGGAGCACCAUCGCCAGGCGGGAGUUCAUGGAGGCCGUGGGCUCUGUGGACGGUAGCCCUCUGGUCCAGCGCCGCAGGGGUCGUCCUCCCCGGGGCCGGGGCCGAGGCAGACAGGCUGACCAGAGCGGCCGCACUGCCGGGCUCUCUAAACCGGGUCGGAGAGGUCGAGGACGUGUGUCUGAACUCGCUCCUGCAGCUGAGAGGUCAAGUAGCGAGAGUGAAGCUCGGCCGGUGCCGUGUGAGGAGCGCAUCCCGUCGGAUCGAGCUGAAGACAGCGACGAUCUCAACCUCCAAGAGAUUCAGAAGCGCGCUGUGGCUCGGAAGCUGCAGGAGCUCAAGCAGGACGACGACGAUGAUGCUAAAGACACAAAAGAUAUGGACACAGGGCAGGGCUUACUGAUGGAAUGGGAAGAGAAAGUGUCUUCUGACACUGUCACAUCAGAAGGAGGGAAGCUGUGCUUCUUCACAGCCACAGAGGAAGAGCAGGUGGAAUUGACUGGAAAUGUCGAGGAAGACACUAAAAGGAUGAAUCCAGAUGCUGUCUGCUGCACAUGUCAACAAGGAGACAGUAACAGGUUGAUGAUUUGCUGUGACUCCUGCCGAGCGCGGCGUCACGUCGACUGUGUAGACGUCGCAGAGACCUGUGCUCAUCUCCUGCAGAGGAACACAGAAUAUCCUAAUCCCCCAUGCGCCGAUGACCGGGAAGCUCCGAGCGAGAGCGCAGCGACCGCUGGUCUCAGCCAAAAACAUGAACUUGACUCAACUCCUGUGGUGGUGGAGGAAAGGACAGCCUUACCUAAAUGCAUCGGUCCAGGCUGCAGCAGUGACUCUCUUCCUGAGUCGGUGUACUGCGGUCAUCAGUGUAUCGUGAGACAUGCAGCAGCAGCCAUGAAGUCUCUCUCUGGAGCGAAGCCUGCUGUCCCUGGAACUGACCCGCCUGUCAAGGGCGAGAAACGAUCGUUUCUUGCAAAGCUUUUCAAGGUGAAGAUCAGUAAGACGUCGGCGCAGGAAGAGCAUGUGAGCAAGCAAGAACUGGACGAAGAGUCUCCGAGUUCAGCUGCAGUCGUUGAGUCUGUACAGUCCGCUCCUGCUCCUGAUUCUGAAUCCACUGGAAAAGAGAAAGAUGAAGUUGGGUGUAGCACACCACAGAGCCAGCCUUCAGAUUUGGCAGCAGACACUUGCUCUUCUGAAAAAGCUCCUGCAGCCCCGCCAUUUAAGAAGUCCACUCCAGGAAGAGCAAAGAAAACCAUGCCAGGGUCUCCACGACUGGAUAUUCUGAAAGGGGCUCUGAGUAAAAACACUUUAUCUGUACCUAAAAAGCCCUCUGAGUCGAGCAAAGCCUCAGAAGUGGAUGAGCUCGCUGCGGUUCCUCACUCCAGUCCUCUCCUGAUGAGACAAAACAUCCGCCGCUCGCUGAGCACCCUUCUCUGCAGAAGGUUCAGUCAGAGUAAUGAUGUGAAGACUUCUGAGAGUGAAAUUGAGAAGUUGGUUGUGGACAUGGAGAAAGAGAUGUUCAAUAUGUGUUACACAACAGAUGAGGAGUAUAAAAAUAAAUACCAACAUCUCGUCCUCACCUUGAAAGAUCCCAAAAACAAGGAGCUGUGUCAUCAGGUUUUGAAAGGAAGCAUACCUUCAGUGAAGCUCAUUCAGUUGAGUCAGCAGGAGGAACCCGCUGCUGAUCCACUGCUUCAGAUUUCUAUAAAGAAGGAAUUGUCCCUUUUUUCUGAGAAUGUGGAAGAACCUGCUACUCCUCCUGAGAAACUGAUGAGUGAAGACACCACACCGAGCACAUCCACCACUUCAGAAGAGAAAGCAUCUCCAAAGCUGCCUUGGGCAAAGGAAAUAUGCUUAGGUGCUUCAGAUGUGAUUAGCUGCAUGCUGAAAGAGACUACAGCAGAACAUAAGCGCCAUCUCUUUGAUCUUAAUUGCAGGAUAUGUACAGGCCAGGUAUCUACUGGUGAUUAUCCUGAAAGCAAGAAACCCAAGACAACAAUGACAAAAGAUGAGACGGAGAAGCAGAACUCUUCCUGUGUUGUUCACAUGAAUGAUGAAGUGUUGGAUUCCCCAUCGUUGGACUUUGAUAUAAUCGAAUCACCUGCUUCUCCCAGUGGAGAGGACCUAACCUCACAGAUACCCUUGGCAGAUUUCUCUCCUGUAUUGAUACCUUCAGUUCCCACUGUGUCCAUCUCAAGAAGAGACCCCCGUACAGCACAAUUCAGACAAGCUGUGCCAUCGUCUACUGGCCCAGAGUCUGCCUCAGUCCCACAGCAGCAUCCACACCCUGUGAAGAACGCACCAGAAUCUCUGAAAGAGACACAUGUACCACAUGUGUCCGUACCUUUGCCUGCUCCUAUGCCAAAAUCCAUCCUCAUGAAACCUUCGCCAACUUCACUGGACACUUCAUAUGGUUCAACGACAAGGCUGGAAGAUUGUGAUGAAGGAACAAAACACUUUUUAUCCAAACAGAAUAUUUUAUGGAAAGGCUUUCUUAACAUGCCAACUGUGGCCAAAUUCGUCACAAAGGGAUACUUGAUUUCUGGCUCUCCUGACUUUCUAAAAGAGGACUUACCAGACACUAUACACAUAGGAGGAAGGAUAUUACCUCAAACUGUGUGGGAAUACGUUGAUUUAAUAAAGACAUCAGAUGCAAAGGAGCUGUCAUUAAUCCGCUUCCAUCCAUCAUCUGAAGAGGAAGAGGUUGCAUAUGUCUCUCUGUUUUCAUAUUUCAACAGUCGUAGAAGAUUCGGGGUUGUUUCUAAUAUUUGUAAACACAUCAAAGAUCUUUACCUCAUUCCUCUGAGUACAAAACAGUCUAUCCCUGCGGUGCUUCUUCCCAUAGAGGGACCAGGACUUGAACAGAAUCACCCUAAUCUCUUAAUAGGGUUAGCAGUCUGUCAAAAGCAAAAGCGUCCUGAGGGAUUACCACAAGAUGCUGGAGAAAAGAAUUCGGAUGGCAAGGGAAACGGCAGUCCUACCUCAGUAAUUGAUGCUGGACAACAUAGCAUAAAGGCUUGUGAUGCUGACAUCUUCCUCAAUUCAAAUCCUGCUGGAUCUUUACCUUCAUUAGGGUUACCAGACCCAUUAGUCUCUCCCAGCUUUCUAUGUGCCCCAUCUUCCCUUCCUAGCUUGUCAAGUUCCAUCCCAUCUGUCACUGUGUGCUCAUCCGAAGACUCCACCAAGACCACCCCACUUCAGACCAUCCUUAACACAUUAUUUGGGCAAAAGAAACAACCCUCAGAUGUCACAGAGUGUAACAUGCACUCAUUAACAGAUGAGGUUCAGACUGGUCAACAGACUUGCAGUGAUGAUGAUGCACUGAUGUUGGGUGAUGACAGGCCUUAUGAUCCCGAGGAGUAUGAUCCAGCAUGCUCUAUUGGGGCCCUGGGUUCUUUCAUUUCAGCUGAAGUUUUGGAACCUAAAGGUCCAUCUGCUGUGGCUGAUAACGAUGAUGAUAGACCAUAUGACCCUGAGGAAGAGUACAGUGCAGUUGCAAACGGUGUUACUGUCAAAAAUAAUACACUGGCUAAAAACAAUGAAGUUACCAGUGAUAUAGCUUAUGAUCCGGAGGAUGAGACAAUGUUUGAGGAGAUGCAAAAUUACAUUACAAGCAAUGCUGUACCUCACAAAUGCACUAUCUCUGAAAAUAACGUGUCACAUUACAAGGAUAACACCUCAGUUACAACAUUUUCUGAGCAGCAAAGAAUUCUCGAAGAGUUGAAUAGGCAGAUAGAGGAACAGAAAAGGCAGUUAGAAGAACAGACAGAAACUCUACGCCUACAGAAGGAAGCAAUUGGUGUUUCCAUGGCACAUUUCUCUGUUUCUAAAGCUCUUAUGUCACCAACACACUUUGAUGGGGAUGAAGAGGAGAGCAUAGAAAACAUACCCUACUCUCCGAUAAUUCAUCAGAAUCGGGAUCCACGGAUCUGUCAAAAAACAAGUCAGGAUAUGCCAUUUUAUGAUGCUGAAUGUAAGGUCGUAGAUGAAGAAAGCACAGAGAAAUUAUUAAACACAGUGGACACCACAAAUAUAGUGUUGAAAGAAUCAUUUACCACAAAAAAAGAGAAAUUAGCUUCUGAUAAAGCAGUGCCCAAAAAAGGAUCGCCAGACAGUAAAAGUGCACAACUGAAGAACACUAAAUCCUCACAUACCGAGUACACACACAAAAAUCAAGGCAGUAGAAGGUCCACACUGAGCACGUAUAGGUCAUCAAGAAGAAAGUCAUGGAAUGAACGCAGGUCCUGCCACCAAGACCGGGCGUCUUCAAGGGCAUUGCGUACAUUUAGAUCCUCAAAGAACAUCUCGGAAAAACACCACAGAAGUAGACACUCUGCAGGGCAUCUCUCUCGGGAAUGUAACAGUGAGAAAAAAGGAGUGACAUCACCAAGAAAAAGGCAUCAUCACCAUCACAGAGACUCUUCACCCACACGGUAUUGGAGGAGACGUCAUUAUUCCCCCAUCUCGCACUCAAGCCGGAGAGACAAAUCUUCACAUGAUGUCAAGACUGACCUGUCAGAGGAUAACACAAAAUCUUCACAUGAAUCUGGCCAGGUGCAAGAUAGCGAUAGCAUUCAGUCUGCGUACGCAUCAGGUCAGAGUUUUAAAGUGGAGGGGGAGGCUGCUAAUUGCAAAGACAAGUGUUUAGCAGACGUUCAAAAAGGUGGUCCUGCAAAUACAAAACAUGAGGCUGAUCAAAAUCCUGGGGAGGGUUCUUCACAGCCUCUGUUAAAUAAUUUAAUUGACAAAAAACAGCCCCUUUCUGUCCUGUCUGACAAGAGGAGGGAGAAUUUGCCACCAAAACAAACUGACUCUUCUAGUCAAGGAGCACUACUGCCUACACCCUGUCUAGCCCAUGGUGCUACUGACUUGCCUUUACACAGAGAUACACCAGCGUUACAGCCAUCUGGAAUUCAGACAGGUGUUUUUCACCAUGAUACCCAGCCACCACAUAACCAAACAAAUCAUUUUUCUGAGCCUGGCCAGAUUGAUCAAAAAAGAAACAUGCCAUCAAUGCAAAGGUCAAAUUAUUCACAUAAAGAGGCAGACAAAUUACAUUCAGGUGAUUACUCUCAAAGAUCUUUCCAUUCACAAUACAGAAAUUCAUCACAAUCUGACACAGAUCAGUUCUAUUCUAGAGAACUGCCUCAAAAUAAAAGAGGAAAGUUCAUGCAUGAUGCAGACAACAGCAAUCUACCUUCUGUAUCUCACAAACAGGAAGAAUUCUACACAGGCAAGUUUGUUCACCCAAAACAUCCAAACCAAAGACUCAGAAGGUUUUCAGCAGAAGCAAUAGAUCAGGUUCAUCAAAGUCAGCUAUCCAGACCUAACCAGUUACAUGAAUGCAACUUUGAAGAACCUGAUACUGCUGGAUUAAGUCUCAAAAAAUACACAUCUUAUAAGCAAGGGAUGAAUUAUCAUGAGGAUGAUUCUGUCCAGUGUCAACAAAGAGAGUCACUAUUAGGGCUGCCUCCUGUGCACAAGAGCAAUUUCAGACCUCCUAAUCUUAGAGAGCACUUUCAUCCUUCCACCUUGGAUAAGUGGCAACCUUUGAGAGAGCGUCCUUCUGUAAUGAAACUGAGAGGUCCUGAAUUUGCUUAUCUUAGGGAUGGUAAUUCUGGUACUUGCACAAACUUUGGACUUAGGAGUCAAUCCUCAGAUUUUGUGAGAUACGAAAGCCAGACUAUAGAUCCUCACUCCAGAGAACCAUUUACAGAAGAGAUGUUUGAGAGUCCAAGACCUGCUCAACCCGCUGGAUCAAAGGACCCAUCUCCAAGACAGCGUUGUUUUAGGCGAGGUAGGGGUAGUCACAGGGGUUCACGUCAGGUAAUGCAUGAUAGAACUCAUCUAAUGAAUUCAACUAAACUAAUGAGCAUUCCUAAUGUCGAAGGGCCAUCAGAUAGACAGAUCGAUGCCAGAGACUCUCGCCCAAGCAGUAAAUCUCAUAUUCCACAUCUCGCUAAUCCAAGUUCUUAUGCACAAGAUAUUUGUGAACUACAAAGCACUGACUGCCAUCAAACAUUUGCAGAGGAUGCAGAAGACCAAAUAUGCACAGGUUUUUCAAGACAUGCUCCAUCACGCUCUCAGGACCCAGCACAUGGGGCAAUGCAUUACAGGUUUGAAGGACAUCAGUAUACUGAAAUCAAGGGUCAACCAAGAGGGCUUCAAAAAUUCAAAGCACGAAGAAGGGGCAUUGUGGGCCCAUUUUAUGGCAGGGAUCAUAAAAAUAAUGCACAAGUAAGGGGGCCUUGCUUUGAUUCACCACAACAGUUUUUGGGCCAAAGAGAAUCAUCUCAUGGUUUACUUAGACAGAGAAGACCAUCUCAAAACUGUGAGGGUUUUGACGAUUAUGAUGAAACCUAUUCAUCUGAUUUUCCUGACCAUUCCAUUAUCACUCCCACUCAUUUUACAAAAGCACAAUGUCAGCAUUUGGGUCAGGCAUCUGCCAAUUUGGAGAGCCGGCUCAGACAGACUAAUGUACGCCCUUUACGACUAUCAGGUCCACUACUUCCCACUCCUCCCGGAGGCCCAAUUAGGCAGAACCCUACCCAGUGGUAAUUCUAAGUGUGUAAUUUAGGAGGAACAAAGAGUUAAGUGUGAAAGUAUGCAGGAAUAACCAAGUGUGCGAGAGGACAAAAUGGCAGAUAACCGGAGACUCUUGAAUGUUGUCUACACAACACAAAAAGGAAAAUAUGAUGAAGAGGAGUUUGAUUUGUUAAAAAAAACAAACAUAUAUAAUUUAUUUUUUAAUGCAAGUGCACUUGGCUGCAGACUACCAAAAAGAAAUGAAUAUGUCUUGCAGUGUCUGGCUGAGUAGUCAAGAUUUUGAGGUGCAGUUACAUUGUUUGUUCAGUUUACAUAAUGUUCAGAAUUAGGAUAGAAUGAACAAAGGACCAAGACAACCCCUCUAAAAGUCUGAAUCAAUAUUUUCAUUGUCUGUUCUGGAAAGCGAAGCAGUGAAUUUUGAUAAAUCUGUAUACAUUUUCAUGAAAGGCUGAAGGUUUGUUCAUCCUGCCAUACCAACUGAAUUACUUCAAGUUGAUUACUGAAAAAUGUUUUGGUUUGAUUUGUGGAAGCAGAACAUGGUCGUGUUAACUCCUGACAAACGUUUGAAAACAUUAUAGCUAUAAACAGCAGUGUACAUUUGUUCAUAGAUUUUUAUGUAAUUUUCUAAAUGUAUAUUUGUAAGUAUUUCAGAACUCAAGGAUGGAAUCUUUUGAAAUGUCCACUGAUUUCAUUAAACAACUGAACUGUCCCUCCCUUCUCAAAAUUAAAAUUGUGAUCACUUAUAUGAUUCUGUGUUUUCUGUAGAAGAGUGGGAAAUCAAGCAACAUGGGACUGUUGACUUUUCAUCUUUUUUACCAUUACUUGUUUUGCAAUCAAGAUGUUUUUAACGUUUUUAUUCUAACAUUCUAAUGGUAGCAUUUUCAUGGUUCACGUUGACGAAAUGUGACUAACAAUUACUCAACAAAUACAAAAUAUCAAUCGUCAUUUAAAUACUUUGUUGUGAUUAUUAUAAUCCUUUAAUUGAUUCAGUGUUUUUUUCCGCAAUUUAAGAUUCCCAUUUAAGUAUCUUUGGAACACAAAUGGUCUAUAUUUUCAGUAUGUCUGUUGUGCAUCUGCUAUGGUAACACGGUAACUUUUAAAACCACUUACAUGAACAAAUACAAGAAUUAGCUGUUACCUCUAUCCAUCUGCACUCACAAAAGGAUCUUAAUGUUUGCAUUUAAACAUCUUAUGCAAGAAAAAUCUUUAAACAGAUUAUGGAAGUAUGAUCAUAUUAGCCCGGUUCUGUCAACACUGCACUGGCUCCCUAUCAAACAUUGGAUAGAUUUUAAAAUCUUAUUAAUUACCUAUAAAGCUCUGAAUGGUUUAGCUCCUCAAUACUUGAGGGAGCUCUUAUCACAUUAUAGUCCUGUAUCUUGAUUGAUUGAUCAGAGCUUGAUGAAGAACUGAUAGAAGAAGUUUGAAACAAGCAGGACUCUUCCUAGAUCUAACUGAGGAACUGAUGGAGAAGGGCUUUGGUCAAAUGAUUGUAUAUGAAGAUCUACAGAAGGACAAACAUCAAUGCAACACUUCAACACAUCAGUUUGGGCUUUAUGGCAGUGUGGUCAGACUCGACCCUUUCCUCAGUUAAGACCCAUGAAAACACACUUGAAAUGUGCAAAGCAAACGAUCACAUUAAACCAUUUCUUCAGUAAUGGCGGCGGUUCAUCGGAGUAAUAAAUUGUUGCAUUGAAUGUUUGAUUUGAGUUGUUUAGUUGUUUAUCUGAAUGAACGAUAAUGUAAAUUUGCCUACUUUAGUUAAAUUGUUCAAUUGAAUCUAAUUAGUGGUAGAAACGUAGUUUGUGUUCCAUGUUACGUGUGAAUAGUUGCUAUGUUAGGGGACUACCAUUAACCAACAAAACAAACGUUAAUAUUUUAAUGGUAAACGUAGUAAAAGAACGUAACAUGGUAAGAAUCUAUUGAAUAAUAUAAAACGAAUGUUGACUGAUUGGAAUUAUAGAAAAUGCAUGUGCAAUUUUUAGGGAGAUUGUUUUGUAUCUAUUAACUUAUUAUAACAAUUGAGCAAAUAGUUAUUUUAAGAACUACUUCUUUCUCUGCAUUCCCUCUUCUUUCCCUUGUUUCUGUCUUCACUAACAAGUAUUAAAAGUUAUACAUUUAUACAA